UUGAUUCUUAAUUUCUUAAUAGUAUAAUCAAUUCACAGCUCGGCCUCGGUCGGCGUGCACGUCUGGAGGCUGUCGAUGGCGUGGAUUGCGCCCGAGUCAAGCUCGUCGCGGAUGCUCCGCAUGACAAGCUGUUGGCGUUUGACGCGCGAAAGUCCCUCGAAAAGUGCAGAGACCUGUGUGCAAACCACUCCGUGUGUUGAAGCCGUCGAAAGUGCCCUGGCAGAAUACGCAAACGAUGGAGACGUGCGUGCCAUUUGGGUCGUCCUCCGAGUUGGUGACCUGCGGUAUCCAUUUCUCUCCAUGCGGCCAACGCUGGUUUUAUCUACGCGGUGGGCGACCCUCAACGACGUGGGCUCCAACGCCGCCGUGAUCUUCUCCUCGCACCGCGCCACGCUUCCCGCGGCCGUUCGAACGACGGCGCCGGCGCGCGGCCUCAGGGGGCGGCGGACCAAUAAAGCGCCGCUGUACUGCGUGACGAGGAAGGCGUGGAGCAAGGUCGCACGCAUGCUUUGACGGGGCGAAUUCAGCUAGCGCGCGAGCAAAGGUGGGCCGAGCAGCGUUUGCUCGUACGGUACGUAACAGUCCUUGGUUGCAGACAGCGGCAACACUACUAAAGUCCUUACGAGCAGGGCUCG